AUGGAACGAGAUCCCCGAGUGUGCGUAAUAGGUGAAGACGUUGGUCAUUAUGGAGGCUCAUACAAGGUGACCAAAGAUUUGGCUGGGAAGUAUGGUGAUCUCAGGGUUCUUGACACCCCCAUUGCAGAGAACUCUUUCACUGGCAUGGCCAUUGGAGCUGCCAUGACAGGCCUGCGCCCAAUUGUUGAGGGGAUGAACAUGGGAUUCCUCCUGCUAGCUUUCAACCAGAUCUCUAACAACUGUGGCAUGCUCCAUUACACAUCUGGUGGCCAGUUUAAAAUACCGGUUGUCAUCCGGGGACCUGGUGGAGUUGGUCGGCAACUUGGUGCCGAGCAUUCACAACGCCUUGAGUCAUAUUUUCAAUCAAUUCCUGGAAUCCAAAUGGUGGCGUGCUCAACACCCUAUAACGCCAAGGGCUUGAUGAAAGCUGCUAUCAGAAGUGAUAACCCUGUGAUACUUUUCGAGCAUGUUUUGCUUUACAACCUCAAGGAGAGGAUUCCAGAUGAAGAGUAUGUGUUGAAUCUUGAGGAAGCCGAGAUGGUCAGACCUGGGGAGCAUGUUACAAUUCUAACCUACUCCCGGAUGAGGUAUCAUGUAAUGCAGGCUGCCAAGACUUUGGUGAACAAGGGGUACGACCCUGAAGUUAUUGAUAUCAGGUCUUUGAAACCAUUUGAUCUUUACACGAUUGGGAAUUCAGUGAAGAAGACACAUCGUGUGCUGAUUGUGGAGGAGUGCAUGCGCACGGGUGGAAUUGGGGCUAGCUUGACGGCAGCUAUCACUGAGAAUUUCCAUGAUUAUUUGGACGCGCAAAUUGUAUGUUUGUCAUCACAGGAUGUGCCAACCCCAUAUGCUGGGACAUUGGAGGAAUGGACCGUGGUUCAACCCACGCAGAUUGUGACCGCAGUGCAGCAGCUCUGCCGUUAG